AUCUAAAGAUAAGUCCAUUUCUUGUCAUUUUCGCCCCUAUUUACUAUAUCCCUCUCUAAGGGGUGUAAAUAUUUUUAGCUUAAACCAGUUAGUUUAUCUCUCUCAAGCCAAACCCAUAUCUUUACCCUCUUAUCUAUUUUUUUUUCUUUUUUGCUUUAAAAGUAUUUCUGCAUACUAUAAUGGGACUCUGAACGUUUUACUCUUCACAUACGAUUUUCAUUGUAAUUUUAAAUAUCAAAUUCGUUGCUCGUAGUGCUGCUUAGUAAAUUAUUAUCUUUGUUUAAAGAAUUAUAUAAUUCUCUAUACUUCGAACUUGUAACAAUGGCAACAAAGUUCUUUAUAGUAAUUUUCUCAUUAUUCAUUACAACAAUUACUGGUCAAAAUGAUCUUUUAGUUCCGAAUUACGACAAUGUCGAACAUCAAUUGAAACACUUUGCCAUCAAACAACCAUUAAUACUCAGUUGCAAUAUUACAAAAACCGGAGAUUAUGAAUUAACAUGGGAAAAGAAUGGAACUGAAGUCUCACAAGUUAGUUCACUCGAAGGUCGCUAUAAAAUUAUCAAUCCCGAGAGGAAAUUCAUCAUUGAAAAGACUGAAGAAAAAGAUGCUGGCAUUUAUAGUUGUAAAGUGAAUAAUGGUCAGAAGAGAGAUAUUCGUGUUGUGGCAAAUGUUGUUGUACGAUUGCCAUCGAAUACUAAUGUCGUUGAAGGUGAGAAACUAUCGAUUGUUUGUGCUGUUGUUGGUACUGAACCGAGAUUAUAUUGGGAAGCUGGUAAUUUGACAAUUUACAAUUCAACUGGACGUCAUAUAUUGAAGGCCGAUCAGAAUAAUAAUAAAAAUGCUAUUUUGAUUGUUGAAAAUGCUGGGCUGGAAGAUAGGGGAGAAUACAAGUGUCAUGCUAGGAAUAUUGUUACAGAUUUGGAUUUAGCUGAAACAGCGAGUGAUUUUACAUAUGUUCGAGUGAAGGGUAAAUUGGCUGCUUUGUGGCCGUUUUUGGGUAUUAUUGCUGAGGUAUUCAUCAUGUGUACGAUUAUUUUGUUGUAUGAGAGGAGACGGACUAAAGGCGAACAAGACGAAACCGAUACCGAUGGAAAUAACUAGAUUAUGUUGUUGUUGUAGAGAUAAGAUAAGAUUAAUGUUUACUUAGUAACUAGAAAGCAACAUUUUUAAUGUUUUAAAUUAAAUAAAUGAAAUUAAAAUUUAAACGAAAA